AAUAUUGAAGAUGUACACCGAAAGCCAGCUGAAUAUGCUUACUGCAAGCCUACAGUCCCUGUGUCUGGGCAGUGUAGUGCAGUCUGGGAUCCUUGCUGAUCUUGGCAGUGCAGGAGAGGGAGGAGGAGAGGAGGGUUUGCAGAGGACCACACUCACAAAGGCAUUUUCUCCAUUCUGCAGCAAAGUGAGCUGCAGUCCUCCUGCAGGACUCCCUACAAAACCCUGUGAUUCAGCUGCUCUGAUGUCUAGUACAGAAGUGUAAUGAUGGAGUGGGAUUGCCUCGGAUAGAGGACAGAGAACCCACAUGACCCCAGCUUCCUGAUGACGGCACUUUUUUGUCCCAAGCUCCUUUCCAGAGCUUUUUCUCCCCUUUUUCGAACAUGGCAGGACAUUGGCACAACAUUGUUCUUCGCUGAAGUUAAAGGGAAUCCACAUUGCAGACACAGCGCAGCUGGAGUUAUCGCAAGAGAAACCCAGGGGUUUGCAGGAGGACGCCAGAGAUGCAGGCAUGAUUCUGGUAUCUUUGGAGAUCUAAAGAUGAACUCUUCCUUUGACGGAACUAACACCAACAGCAGUCUGUUCUGUCUUUUGGGCAUAGGAUCUCAUGAAGCUUUGUCAGUUUGCCUUCUGGAAGUGGGAAUCAUCAUCUUCCUGACUAUAUUAAUCAUCUCUGGCAAUUUGAUAGUUAUCUUUGUCUUCCAUUGUGCUCCCCUCCUCAACCACCACACCACCAGUUACUUCAUUCAGACGAUGGCCUACGCUGACCUUCUAGUUGGAGUUAGCUGCUUGGUACCUUCUUUCUCUUUGUUGCACCACACUGUCCUGCUACCAGAGCACAUUGUGUGCAAGAUGUUUGGGUAUGUAGUGUCUGUCCUGAAGAGCGUGUCCAUGACAUCUUUAGCCUGUAUCAGCAUCGACCGAUACAUAGCGAUAACCAAACCACUCGCAUACAGUACAUUAGUCACGGCAUGCCGUCUACGCUUCUGCAUUCUGUUGCUGUGGAUAUAUUCGUGUGCUAUAUUUUUACCUUCAUUUCUAGGCUGGGGAAAGCCGGGUUACCACGGAGACGUAUUUCGGCCAUGUGCUGACUCAUGGCAUACCAGUCCCUACUUCACCUCUUUUAUUGUGGUAAUGCUCUAUGCCCCAGCGGCUACCACUGUGUGUUUCACAUACUUCAACAUUUUUCGCAUCUGCCAGCAGCACACCAAGGAGAUUAACGACAGGCGCGUGCGCUUCAGCUCGACUGACAACGAGCCUGCCCAGGGACAACCUAACCCAGAGAAGCGCUAUGCAACUGUCCUCUUUCGCAUUACCAGCGUGUUCUACAUUCUGUGGUUGCCCUACAUUAUCUAUUUCCUGCUGGAGAGUUCCAAAGUCUACACCAAUCAGACUGCUUCCUUUCUCACGACCUGGUUAGCAAUCAGCAACAGUUUCUGCAACUGUGUCAUCUACAGCAUGUCCAACAGCGUUUUUCAAAAGGGAUUGAAGCGCCUCUCUGGGGCCAUUUGUGCUUCUUGUUCCAGACAAGGGCAAAGCCAUGAUGUUACUGUUCAUAAGAGACCCACAGAUGACUGCAACCCCUAAAUAUCCCAAACCAUGUGAUAUCCCUACAGAUUUACACAGAGACUGGAGAAAAUAAACAACUUUAUUACAAAUUAGUACAAAAUUUGACGAUGGGAUUGCUAUAUUAAAGAGGCAUUGGAACAGUAUCGAUGAUAAAAGAAUCUACUGCUUCAGUCUCUCUGUGGACCUACCUGUAGCCAAAUUAUGUUGUAGAAUUCUGAAAAUAGAGCUUGUGGCUCUUGUAGUUUGUGGUUAUCUGACAUAUUUUUCUACUGUAUCAGGGCAUCACAUAACAAUGUGCUCUAUUAAUCUAAGUGGGAUGUAGUUACCAACCAAUCUAAGCAUAUUCUGCUUUGGUCUUCUACCUAGUUAACAUUACAGAAGCUGCAGAGAUGCAUUGCUGCUUUCUGCAUAUUCCCCUGCCAGUGAAACAGUCACCACUGUGAGGUUUGUGCACUCCCCCAGCCCCCCACCCAUCCCCAGUGUAUGUAAACGAGCAAAAUAUUUGGAUCCCACUUGAGCUGGAUUUUUCUGCUACCAUAAUGGGUUACGCUUUCUGUAACGUGUAUUUAAACUUUUAGAGCCAAGGAAGCUUUAGGCCUUUCAUCUUUAGAAGCUCAUCUGUGAUAGACUUAUCUUGUCUAUCUUGUUACAUGUAUAGGUAAUUUGGUUCCAACAAAUUGAAUGCAAUAUUUUUCUAAGUGGGGAAAAAAUAUAUAUAUAUUAUGGAUAAUAUUUAAAAAGCUUUUGACCACUGGAAUUUUUUUUAAAUGUACUUUAAAGACUUUUUUUGCUUAAAGUCUUUUGUAAGAGUGUUUUAGGGCAGUGACAUGUAAUGUGUUCUACCCUUCAAAGGGGGCUAAAGCAACAUGUGACACUUCAGUAAUUGCUGUGCAAUUCCCAGGUCAUAGUUAAGCAGCAUGCUGGGAGUUGCAGUUCAGCAACAGCCGGAUGAUUACAAGCGGCCUAAGCCUACGAUUAAGCUUCUCAUGAAAGCUUUGCCCUGCACGUCCUUCUGGCAGCAAAAUUGUUAAAGUUGUGAUGUUCUAUACAAAAUGAAUGUUCUGUUUCAGUUGAAAUGUGUAAAUUAUGCAAAGGAAAAAAUAGACAUUUUCCCUGAA